AUGAACCCUCAGCAUCCCUUCCAACAUCCAGCGGCGGCCGGGCUACCAGAGAUUGGCCCAAAGGACCCCUUUGUGAAGGUCGUAAAAGCACUCUACUUUGUUCACGAGAUCUCGAUGCCCUCGACAUUCGACCAACUUCGAACAGCUGCUGCAGGACACAAGAUACGGGCUUUGGUAGAUCAUCUGGUUCUAAGCGUUACUAACCCAGGCUUAAUCAAUGCUCUGCUCCGGCGGAAUCAACGAGACUCGAGCCAACGCAUGCGAGAUGCUGCAAUGUUUUGCUUAUACGAAUUGCCCCAACAAAGCGUUGAGGUGGUGAGAGACGGAUGCCAUCCUGAGAUCACAGAACAAUCGACCCUGCUUCCACAAUUUCGAGACACGCCGAUCGCUGGACCGCCUGCAAACAGGCGAUUCGAGCUCCUAAGGUCUAUUUUGAACAUCCGAGGAACCUCGGGAACUGAAUCUGGCGUCGAAGAAGACGAUCAAGAACACUCGCUAUCAUCGUUUGCUGGCUUGACCGGGCUCGAGAUUGCUGCUGUGGCCAACUGCAAGAAAUUUUUGAGCCAGAAGAUUGUUCAGAAGGUAGUAGAUGGAAUAUGGAAAGGGGACAUCAUAUUUUGGGAGAGUCUUGUUUCGACCACCAAGAAGAGACCCCAAUUCUACAACAAGAAGACUGCCGAUAUUUUCACGCGACUGAGGGUUCCCCGAUACAUCAAAACCUUCGAGGUUUUGUUCGUUGCAACUUUCCUUUUCUGGCUCUGCUGCGUUCUCGUCGAGAGGAAUUCGUCCCACAUCACAGUUUUUGAGUUUCUCCUUUACAUCUGGUUUGCAGCAUUCUCCUACAACGAGCUCAGCGAGUUCUUAGACACCAAGUCCAUUUUCUACGCCGUCGACAUUUGGAAUGCUUGUGAUAUUAUCAUCAUCGUACUUGGCUUUGCAUUUUUAAUGGCCAGGGGUCUUGGGAUAUACCAAGGCAAUCCCCAGACCAUCGACGCAGCCUUUGAUAUUCUGUCCUUGGAAGCCCUUUUUAUGGUGCCAAGGUUAUUUUCUAUCAUGUGUUUGCUCCCAUACUUUGGUACUCUGCUUCCAUGUUUGGAAGCAAUGGUGAAAGACUUCGUCAAAUUCAUGAUGCUAGUGGUGAUACUCUACCUGGGCUUUCUGGCAACCUUCACCCUUCUGUCUCGCGGUGCUUUCAGUGUCCCUAAGAUGAGUUGGUUUCUUGUUAGGGUGUUCUUUGGAGGAAGCUCCCUAGGAUUUGAGAUUAUGCGUGAUAUCAACCCCAAACUCGGUCCUCCAUUGAUGGUCAUCUUCGUCUGCAUGACCAAUGUCCUUCUCAUCACUUCUUUGAUCUGUAUUCAGCGUGAUGCAUUUGCCAGGGUUAUUGCACAUGCGAGAGAGGAGUACCUGUUCGUAUAUUCAGUCUACGUUCUCGAGGCUUCCACCAGUAAGAGACUCACGCAUUUCUACCCUCCUCUGAGCCUAAUCCCUUUGAUAUUUAUCCGACCUCUCAGGCUUUUCGUUGCCUCAGAGAAGCUUCGAAACGCCCGCAUCUUUGUACUCAAAGUCACACAUCUCCCUAUUAUCAGUGCCAUCUGGCUCUUCGAGCUGGCGCACGACCAGGUCAGAGAGACCAAUACCUUUUCAACCAUCCAGCCUACCCACCAUACUGUCGAGCCCUCAGCGAUGCCGAAGACUCAACCAACGCAUUCCAGCCACGGACCAUCGAGCUCUUCACGGCACCCACCUGGCGGUCCCAGGGCAGCUGAAGUGUUCACUCCUAGCGCACAUGUUAACAAUGGCAAGGCCAGAAAGGAGGAGGCUGCGGAUUCGACUAUUGUGACUAACACUGAUUUGGAAGGCCAGGUGAAGGAACUGAGCGGUCAGGUAAAGGACCUGAGUGCCAAGAUUGCCGAGCUGGCAGCAUUAAUUAUGGCCCAACAGCGGACUAUUACCCCGCCAGAAGAGGAAGAAGAUGAAGCAGCAUAA